UAAUUGAACAGCGGGCAAUCUUAGUAUACGUCGUGUGUGUUAGUUUAGGCGGUGAUUGUCUCCUCUUUCUUGUCCGGAUACAUCGUGUUUAGUUUACUUACCGUUACAAUUCAAACCACACACAUCUGUAUGGCUUCGUUGAUUUCUCUUUGAUCUUCUAUGGAAAACAAACAAUAAAUAACCAAACAGUGUAUUCGUGUGAAAGAGUUUUGUUUCCGCGAGGAUAGGAUGUAAAAGAAGAUCGACAAAUGUAAAUUAAAAUUCAACAUAACCAUUUUUUUUUCAAACCAAUAGGAAAUAUAUUACAACAUCAGUGGUAAUUUUUAAAAGUUAUCUCGAAUACAUAAUGUGGUUAGCAAACUGGUCUUGAACUAUUUGCAUAUAUCAAAUGUAAGAUCUUUGAAUAAAGUCUAACGUAACUGUGUACUGUGAGCGUUCAUCUAUACUCAACAAGAGAUGUUCUCGAUGCAAAGAUCUGUCUUAUGUUAAUAUCCUUGAUGUUAGAUUAUGUCAUAUCAUGCACAGACCAAGUCAUUCAAGUGAAACCAUCUUGUUCGUAUUUUUUUAAACCCUCUUUUUUUUUGGUGGCGAUCUAUUUGUUAUUCAGAUUGGACUCCUUUUUUGUUUCGUCCAUAAUCUAUUCGCAUCUUUCUUAAUGUCUAUUUGUAGUUUUUUUUUGUUAAGGUGAAAUUAUAACUACAGACCUGGUCCACAUAUUUCAGGUCAGUGGGUCACGGUAAUAUCUUCAGAUAUAGACACAUGUUUGGAUGCUUUCCUUUUAUCUCGUUAAUAGCAUGACCCCAAGGUAUGCGAAGUAGUUCAAUAUGCAGUUGUAAUAAACAUGUCCAUAUCACUUAGUGUCCCAGCCCGUUGUGUUUCCCUUCAAGAGGUGGCCCUAGAGCACGUGACGUUGAAGUGUAGCACUAAGUAGGGGAACAAAGUGGUUACUUCAGAAAGUGAAAUAAUAACAACAGUGUCAAUUGUUUUAUUCCUGUCUGUGUUGGCGCAUUGAGAGUGAAUCUUGUGAUUCCCAUCGAUGGAGUUCGUUUAAUUACAACUAACGUUUCUAAGACGAGGCAAGGAUUAAAGGAAGAUCCGGCUGUUCAUCUUUUGUUUGUGAAAUAGUUCAUUAAAGUGAUUGAUUUGGAUUUAUUUGAAGGUUUCUUUAACCGAACAGAAUGAAAUAUUCUGGACUGUUUAAUAAAUCUUCAAAGCCUUGAUUGUCCAUGAAUAACAUCAAACAUAUUUUUAUUGUAAAGGAUGGGAUCAGCUGGACGUAUACAAAUGUUUUUCAAACUCCUAUUGAAAUGGGCCUGAGUUGAGGCUUUUCUAGACAAAUAUUAAUGUCUCAGAAUUGUAUGCCCACUGCUCUGCCAUCCCACGAGGCUGGAAAACGGAAAGAAAGCUUACUUGAGAGUAACAAAGACGGAGAGUUGACGUUUGUUGACUACGGGAGGGACUCGUUCAGAGCAUUCAACGCUCUCGUCGACACGUCAUAUCAUCAUCACCCUGGACGCCAGAGACUUUCCAAACCAGGUUAUUUUAGAAUUUCACAAGAAUGGCCAUGCCUGUCCCAAUACCCGACAGAGAGGGCGCAUUCCGAAGGCAGCAUGUUUAACGCGAGCGCCCUGACUUGUAGUCCGGUCAAAAGAAUGUCGGUAAAUUUCGAAAGGGAUGUUGGAAUGUUUAAAUUUGAUAAACCACCAGACACGCACGACAGAUGGCGUCCAAGUGGGGGAUUCGAUAAGACAUUAGAAAAAUAUCAAUUUCAUCCAGGCUUUCACAAAAUGCACCAAGAGAUAUUCAUCCCUAAGUCAAUAUUCAGCAACAUCACUCGACCACCGGGUGCCUUCAGCUCGCAGGUCAACAGGAUGCCGCAUCAAUUUAGGUUCAACUUUGACUCUCCCCUAGGCAUGUAUCGUGGCUGGGAAGGCGCCGACCAGAAUGGGUUGGCCGGAGUGCAUCGCCAAAGGUUCCAUUCUGGUGACAUAGUCGCUAAGAGGUCCGAACCGUCUAGCAGAGAAGACGCCAUGCGCGUGGCCUACAGAAGAGCUUUCUCUGAGCAAGUGACCCCUCUAGGUCAGCUCACGGACGUAUACACGGUUCGACACUCGUCUCAGGAGGAUGGGAUGUUGGAGGAGGGACUAGCUACCGAGGACUGCGCUAUUCUAAACCACAAUGACACAGAUGCCAGUAACGGCAGUUCGAAACUCCUCAAUGGCAGUCCCGGAGAAUCAGAUGGCAGCCUGGGCCACCAAGAAACUGCCCUGCCCACUAGCUUUGCCAAGUCCAGCCCCGCGUUGGUCGGUGCAGCCAAAAGGAAGGCCAAAGCAUCCAUGGAGUCAGUGGCCGCGGCGGCGGCAGCGGCGUCUCUGUCGGCGGCCCACAACCAGGAGACGCAGCAGAACCUGUUGAUGAUGGCCGCCGCCCAACAGGGUCUCGCGGCACAGCAGCAGAGUCUCCCCCACGCACUGCAGCAGAUGAUGCAGCAGCAGACUUUGGCGCUACAGCAGGUGCAGCAACAGAAGCUCCAUGAACAACUGCUGCACUCGCUGAACGAGCAGCUCCAAAUGAACCUCAUGCAUCAAGCUCAGUUGCUGAAGGAUCCUUCUGGGAAGAGCAUCAAAUCAGGGAACCAAAAUCUCCAGGCGCUACUCAUGCAGCACCAACAGAUUAUGCAGCAGAUACAGUUGGUGCAGAGGCAGUUUGCAUUGGCUAGUGUCUUACAACCUUUUGGAAUGCAUCAAGGGAUGAUGUCUCCAGCAGAGCUGCAACAAUUGUGGAAGGAGGUCUCCAUCCAGACGGGCAUUGACGAGAACAUCAUGAAGACGGUCAAUGGCCUGACCACAUCCUCCUCCUCCACCACCUCGUCCCACGGCAGCAACACGUAUACCUCAAGCACCAGCAACGGCAAAAGGUCCAACAUGUCGCUUCCGUACCUCAACGGCGACAUGGACAUCUUCAGCAUGACCGGAAUCAAGUCUGAACCUCUACUGGGCUCCUCCAAUUCCUCUUCCACAUCAUCUUCCAAAGACGCCGCCCUGACCAACGGCAACAUCAACGCCCCUAACCCCACCCACCCCUUGUAUGUGAACAAGUGCUGCAAGUGGCCCAACUGUGAGGCCCACAUGGAGGACUUUUCCGGGUUUAUCAAACAUUUAAACACAGAGCAUCAGUUGGAUGACCGCAGCACUGCCCAGUCCAGGGUACAGAUGGAGGUGGUCAGCUCUCUGGAGUCACAGCUUGCAUUCCAGAAGAAAGUCUUGAAGGCCAUGACUGACCACUUGCACCAGCAGACCCUUGCACCACCACCCCAGCCCUCACAACCACCGCUGACCUCAUUAUCCACGCCGUAUUCCUCUUCCAUGUCUCCUUUCACGCCCUCCAUGUCAGCGCCCACUCCCCUGUCCCCCAAGUCAUCACACGAUAUGAAACACUCUAGUUUACCUUCCUUAAUGCCAAAGCCAUCCAUGUUGAAUCCCUUCACUGGGACGCCCUUUCUCCCACCUGUCUCAAUGGUGCCCAGUCCUGUCAUGCAGAUGACACCGCCUCACCGCCCUCCACCGUUAGUGAGCACCCCAGGAGGACACCACUCUUCCUCUCUUCCAUCCACACCCAAUGUAGGAGGUGGAGGGGGGAGCAGCAGGAGUGGGAGCGAUGGAGGAGGUCCAGUUCGGAGGAGAGUCUCAGAUAAAUGUAACCUUCCAAUCUCUGCAGAAAUCCAUAGAAAUCGUGAUUUUUAUAAAAACACAGAUGUUCGACCACCUUUUACUUAUGCAUCAUUAAUACGGCAGGCAAUUAUAGAAUCUCCACAUCGACAACUCACAUUAAAUGAAAUCUACCAAUGGUUUCAAAAUACUUUUGCUUACUUCAGAAGGAAUGAAGCUACAUGGAAGAAUGCUGUCCGUCACAACCUAAGUCUGCACAAAUGUUUUAUGCGAGUCGAGAAUGUAAAGGGGGCCGUCUGGACAGUGGAUGAGAUCGAAUUCUACAAACGCCGACCGCAAAAACUGGGUGCAGGCCCUGGUUCAUUGAAAGGUCAGUCUCUGUCUGAUCCAUCCACAUACAAUGAAUCAAUCAGUGCCUCAAUCAGAGCUGCUCUGAGUGAUGGGGCUAUGGGCUUGUUAGGCCAUGGUAUGUUGCCUGACCAGGACAGGGCCCAGGACUUGUCCAUGAAAGGGUCAUCACAUGAUGGACUACUUGGAAGAUUUGAUGACCCUGAUCUGAUGAUGAGAAUCAAACAGGAGGUGCAGGAUGCUUAUGCUGACUUUGAAUUCAGCAGCCCACAUCCUAUGUCUAGGUCCCGUCAUCGGUCAUCAUCAUCUCCACAGCAUGAAGAAGUUGACCAUCAAGAUCCUCGAGGCAUUGAGGUCAAAGGUGGCCAAAUGAUUAUGAUGCCAGAUAUGAUUGACCACUAUGACAGUCGAGAGGAUCUGGAAGAAGACGAUGAGGAGGUCAGGAGAAUGGAGGAGGAGGAGAGGGAAAUGAUGAACAGCGAAGAAAGAAGACGCAGCUCCUUGGAGUAUGACCAUGACUCUAUGGAGGAAGGGGACCAGAGACAAAGCUACGUUGAAGAGAAACCGACCAAUGAAAGAUUUGAGACUGAGGCAGAGCGGGAGCUGAGAGCUGUUCAGGAGAAAUUUGAACGGGAACAGGCAGAAGAUAUGAAGCGAGAGAGGUCUGCCGUAACCAAUGGAUACCGCUCUCACCCUGACAACAUUUACUCUAACAAAUCAAACUUUUCAUCUGUGCAGUUCUCUCCCUUGAACUCCACAGAAAACAAAGAGUGCCAACGACAGCUGUCAGGUGACCAACAGUUUAUCAGACCUGGGUCAGGUGACCAGCACUACUCCAGCCCAACUGACCAAAGAAAUCAGGAAAACUGUCAUGCCCUUGGUGGUGGAAAAGAUUCCAGUUUUCUGAGCUCAGGAAAACCGAACAAAAGACUUGAUCACAUGGAAGAAGAAGAGCUUGAUAGUGAGAAGUUGUCCAGCCCAAAUUCCAAACCAUUCAUCGUCCAGCUGCCUGACUCUGGACCAGUUUUCCCAACACCGCACCGCCCCCACAUGAUGUCACAUACGCCACCAUUAGAUGCCUCUCUCUCAGGGGCUCUCUAAAUUUGUAGACAUGACUUUGUCCUGCUCUUUACGAUAAGUUAGGCAGAUCUGACUUUGUUUUAUAGAAUACCCAAGUUUUGUUUUUUCCAAACCUUGUUAAUAGCUAUAUAAGCUAAAGAAUGAAAGACCACCUCUUAACUUUGGUGUGAGUUACAAGAUAAAAAGAUAAGAUAAUGUUAUAAGCAAUGGUGGACAAAUCAUUUAAUUUUGGAUUAUGAAAUAUUUGCAUUGUUGACAUUGACUUUGUCGAUUGAUAGACCAACAAAUCUUUGCUUGACUCAAUGACCACUUAAUUCCCAGUCUAUGACCACUUCUGAAGUUUUGCUAUGCAUCUUCUUUACAUAGCAUUAUGAAUUCACCAUGCCUCCAGAACCACAAAGAAGAUGGCUUCUGAAAUUGGUGAUCUUUGGACCACAAGAGUUCAGAAACAGUGUGUUAAACAAUUCAACAUUUGCUCUGAGCACCAUGACUGGACUUAACUCUCUACUUAAACUGUACAUAGUAACAAUGUCUGUCAACCAGAUGAUUGUCACACACCUUUGAUCACAAUACUUUGUCUCAAACUGUUGAUGUUGAAACUCUAGCUACCCCAGAUGAUUGCUACAUUGCACGCAUUGCUUCUAGAAACUUUUAUAUAUUUUUUUUUGCAUUCAAUCCACUGCUGUCCAUGGUCUCACCAAGUGUUAUUCAUUCAUUCAUAGAGUUGAAUUCAUCCAAUCAGUUUUAUUCCACAAAAUAUGUUUGACUUGUAAGAAGGAAAAAUCUGGGGCAACUAUUUUCAAUAGAAAAAUGCUGAAGAUAGUGUCAGGGAUGUCAGAUAUUUAUAGCAAGAGUGAGUCCACUAAAUCUGAGUUGGAAGCAAGGAAAUAUAUAUUUAUAAAAUAAUUAGCAUCUUAGUUUGAUGUAAAUAAUUGACAUGACUUGAAGUAUAUUCUAGAAAUACCUAUUAGUUCCACUCAUUGGUUGUUUGUAUAUUCGACCAUUGAACUAAAACAUGGUCCUCCAUAACAGUCAUUUUCAUUGAAGCUAUUUAUAAACAUUCUGGAGUCAUGACAAGUGUCCACAGUGAUUUCAUGUCUAUCAGUCUAUCAAUUAACUUCAAAGAAAGAUAAUAGAACUCUACCAAGAGUUUUUUUUUUUCCAAUGUGGUUUAUAUUUUAUGUAUUAUUUAGAGAUUAUAUUGUUGUUGGUUUUUUUUGUAUAGAAUGGAUAUUUGUUUUUGUCACAACCACAUGACUUAACCCCUGACCUGUUGUCAACAUCUGUCUCUUGUUCAAUAUGACUACGUGUAUUUCAAUGAAAGAUACUUAGACUAGUGGUUGUGAUAGAAGAUUUUUUUUGUCUUUCUUGAAAUAUUUCUGUAUGUCCCUGGGUAAAUCUGUUGAUCUGUACUUUAAUGGAGGAGCAAAAUGAAAUAAACUUGGUUAAGUAAAGUUUGUUUAAAUAGGGGAAUUGAUUGUGGCACAUACUAGUCAUACAACUUUUGUGGCAACUCUAAACAUAGUGUCUAGAUCAGAUAAGUUGGUAACUUCAACUAGUACCAAAUCUUCUCUUGAAAUUCCAAAACAUUGCAUACACACUUUUUUUUUUUACAUCACUAACCUAGAUACAAAAUAAUUAUUGGAAUAAAAAAAAAAAAAAAAUGUAAAAAUAAUUUAGAUAUCUUUUCUUUUGUUCACUACCCCCCCCCCCCCCCCCAAUCCUGUCCUGCAAUCCACUUGAUGUCUGACUCUUACAUUAUUUCCUGGGAUAUUCUCCCCAUCAUUCAGCCAUUCCCCCCUCCUCAUUGACCCCCAUGCUAUAUGUAUGUAUUGACAUGACUAGAUAUUAAAUAUUACCCUAGUGAUUCCAAUUUGUAUAUUACUAUCUCACAAUAAAUUUCAUGUAUUUUAUAUGCUUUGCUCUUAUGUGACUCUAAGAGAUUAAUCUUUUGAGAACGUUUGAGCCUGUGAGUUGGGUUUGGUUGUUUUCAUAAUAGGCGACAACCCUCUCGACUGGGUUGUGGUGGUCUUAUGCCAAACUAAAGAUAGCAACCUUAGUUGGAGCGAGUUGCCACUUGUACAGUUUUCUAUUUGCCCCCACCAUGUCGACUGUUGUGUUCAGUCACCUUAAACAGUUGACUUCAAGCAUAAUCAUGUACAGUGACUUUGUAUUUUACAGUGACUUUGUUAUUGGACUUUUUUUUUUUUCUUUCAACACAUCACUGCUCCUAAUAUGUUAUAGUGUGUUUUGUCUUGCUAUAGGAGAUGUGUAGAACAAUGUCUGUAGUUGACUUGAAGACUACAUGCUGAUCUUGUGUAGGUAGAUGUCUAUAGUUGACUUGAAGACUACAUGCUGAUCUUGUGUAGGUAGAUGUCUAUAGUUGACUUGAAGACUACAUGCAGAUCUUGUGUAGGUAGAUGUCUAUAGUUGACUUGAAGACUACAUGCUGAUCUUGUGUAGAUAGAAAGUGAGAAACAACUUGUCCAAGAAAUUCAUUUUUAAUUGAGAUAAAUGUUAUGAGGCAUUUUUAUUUUUAUUUUAGAUUUUAUGUUUAGGCUUUGGCCAAAUAGUUUAUUAAUAUAUUUUAUAUUUAACUAAUUAAUUGACAUCUAUUGACUCUGUUUUAACUGCUAAAGAUGACUUAAGUGGUUUUGUUAAAACAAUGAAGGAAGAUAAACACAUACAAAUGUCUAUUUCAUUUACACAUUUUAUCUCUAGCUUUUAGGGGAUUGAAACUUUUUUUAUAACCACUUUUAGCAUUUUUCAUUGAUGGAAAUUAAACUGAAAUAGACUGGAUAAUUAAAAACUUGAGAAUAAUGAAAUUACUCAAAUUAUUUGUCUAAUAAUUUUCUAUAUUAUCAGUUUUCUUGCUUUAAAAAAAAUGAUGUUUUAAUUAAUACAAGUCAAUACAAUAUUAGAAUGUUUCAUUAGAAAUUGCCUUGUUUCACAGAAAAAAAAAAGAUUUCUUACGUGUGACAUACAUGCUGAAACUUGAAUGAAAGUUUAACAUGGGAAAUAGUCAAAGCUUAGGUUGUUGUUGUUUUUUUGUUAUAAGAAAAAAUAAAAGUUAUGUUUUAUUUGUCUGUGUAAGUUACUCAUUCAACUCUAAUGAUAUUGAUAUUUAGUGUUGAACAAUGGACAUGUUUCUAUGUGUUCUGAACAAUGAGUGUUAUAUGUUCUGUAAAAAAAAUGAACACUGACCUUUUCAAAAAGAAACCUUGCUGCUCAUGUUGUACAGUCUGAUCUCAGCUGAAAUGUGUUUUUUUUAAUUAGUAGAGCUAAAAAGUUUAAAGAAUUUUGUCACUGCUGUGUCUCUACUGAAGAGCAGUUUGUCUGGGCCAUGUCAUCAACAUUAAAGACUGUCAUUUGUCUUUUUAAGGCUAUUGGUCUCUCAUUUUAUUGUUUUCAAAGUUCUAGACCUUGUACAUCACAAAGUGAAGGGGAAAAAAAAGGGGAUGCGCUGCAUUCAGUUUUUUGAGGCUCUAGUGGAAAUUGGUUUAUUUGGAAAAGCUGUUGUAAACAUAGCAGUUUUGACUUUUUAUCGUUGUGUUGGUCAUGUUUGAGGAUAGAGUUAGAGUAGUUGAUUUUUGUGUUGGUCAUGUUUGAGGAUAGAGUUAGAGUAGUUGAUUUUUGUGUUGGUCAUGUUUGAGGAUAGAGUUAGAGUAGUUGAUUUUUGUGUGGGUCAGGGUUAGAAUAGUUGAGAAAAGUUGUUUAGACCAAAUAUUGACAGAAGAACAAUCUCAUGCCAUCUACCUCAGUCAAAGUUUUUUUACUGACCCAGUCUCAGACAUUAAAGUUUUGCUUUCCAGUGACUAUGAAGUUGAACAUCAUUCAGAAAUUUGAACAAAAAAUUAACCCAAUAGUUAACAUAUUAUAUGUUUUUGGUUCAAGAAUUUAUUUCAUCAGCCGCUUCAUUUGUGUCUAGACCAGGGGAUUGUUCUGUCACUGAGUUCAUGUUGCUGGCACAAGAAUGGGACUGGUUGACUGAUAUAUAUAUAUAUAUAUAUAUAUAUAUAUAUAUAUAUAUAUAUAUAUAUAUAUAUAUAUACACACAUUAAAUAAUGUUCGAGACAUUAAAUAUAUUGUAGACACCUGAAUAAUAUUUUUUACUUCAGCAUCAUUCGACAAUCUGUUUAUUUUUUUUAUUUUGUUCAUGAAACUUUAAUUUCAUUUGAAAAACAGUUUAUUUGUACAUGUUCUGAUGUCAUUAAAAUGUGAUUGAUACGUCUGUCAGCUUUGCUAUCAAAAGUGCAUCAAGCAUUGGAGAAAUCAAAAAGUCUGAAUUUUUGUUAUUAAAAAAAAAAACUACAAUGACAACAUUUUAAUGGGUUUUAAUGUCUAUCUCAGCUUUAUUUUUAUUUUCAACCAUUCAAUUGCAUUAGAUAUAGGUACUGUUAUUGUAUUCACAGGAUAUAACACUAAUUAUAUAAAACUAAUUCUUUGUCUUGGAUAAAAACAAAAUGUUAAAGUAAAUAGCACAAAUUCUACUAGUUUUGAUCAAGGAUUAGUGUUUUCGGGGGCUAAUACUGUAGUUAUUCCCCUUGUCUAAUGAAUCAGAACAUAAUGUAGAUUACAAAUUAAUAUCUAUACAUUCACUUCUGUAUAUGUACUUUUGUCUUGAAAUGAAAUGAUAUGUUGAUGUCUUAUGUUCUAGAUUUAUACAACCAUUGAACUUUUCUGUUUCCACUUUUCCAUAAGUGUUUAUUCCUAGAUGUAAUCAUGUUUAUAUUAUUUGUUUUUGUUCCAUUUGAUCUUGUACGCUGAUGUUAUUUUAUUCAAACCAAAGUCACUUUUGGAAACUAAAGUGAGGAAAGAUAUACCAAGUUAUCAGGCCUUAUCCAGAUAUCAGGGUUGCCCAGUGGAUGUUGUCCGUUAUAUGUCCCUUAGCACAGUAACAAAAUAGUUCAUUAUCUAUAUACACAUAAAUAUAUUCUGAUGUUUUGUUCAUGACAAAAAGUUUAAGUUUAUGAGAAAAAGAAAAUUUUUAUUGAUAUUUUUGACUCUAUAAAUUAUAUAUACAAUGUUGAAAGUUGGUGUGAGAAGUGAGUGUAUUUUUUAAACUAGUACAUUUUUAUGUUUUGUUUUUUUUUUUUUUGAUUGUUCAAAGAAGAAGAAGAUCUGGAUGCUUGGACAAAUGGUGGAUCUAUAAGCAUAGAAACUUUCAUGAUUGCAUAUCACUUUGGAUUGUUUCAGUUUUUAAGAACAAGAUUUGAAAUACAUGUACAACUUUAAACAAA